GGCCAGGAAGUGUUCUUCAGAAAGUGAAGCAAGGCAUAGUCUUAGCACCAGGGUCAAAGGUGAGGGCAUAGUCUUAGCAUCAGGGUCAAAGUUGAUCCUAACGAAUGUGAACUGAGCUCUAUGCAAUUCAAUGAAUCCAAUCAACGCUAUAGUCAAGGGACCGAAGAGCGUAUCUCUGAACUAAGUAAAAAAUAUGAAAAUCUCACAACUUUAAUGGAAACUUUUCUCCAGAAAAUAGAAAGUCUUGAAAAAGAUUGCAUGGGGAAACAACAGAUUGAAGAAUUAGCCAGAAGUCAGUUAAAUAUCGAUACCAAAAUGAACUCCAGAAGUCAGUUAAAUAUCGAUACCAAAAUGAACUCCAGAAGUCAGUUAAAUAUCGAUACCAAAAUGAACUCCAGAAGUCAGUUAAAUAUCGAUACCAAAAUGAACUCCAGAAGUCAGUUAAAUAUCGAUACCAAAAUGAACUCCAGAAGUCAGUUAAAUAUCGAUACCAAAAUGAACUCCAGAAGUCAGUUAAAUAUCGAUACCAAAAUGAACUCCAGAAGUCAGUUAAAUAUCGAUACCAAAAUGAACUCCAGAAGUCAGUUAAAUAUCGAUACCAAAAUGAACUCCAGAAGUCAGUUAAAUAUCGAUACCAAAAUGAACUCCAGAAGUCAGUUAAAUAUCGAUACCAAAAUGAACUCCAGAAGUCAGUUAAAUAUCGAUACCAAAAUGAACUCCAGAUUAAGUGAUGUAACAAACGAAAUUAACGCCAUGAAAGAAUAUAUAAAGUUACACACUGAAAGUUUAUCGCAAAGAAUUAAAACAUGCGAAAAACAUUUUGAAAAUGCAGCGGUCCUUAAAAUAGAAGAUGAAUCUGCAUCAAACUUGCUCGACCUAAAUUCCAGUAAAACUACGCAAGACUGGUUUGAACUAGAUCUCAGCGAAAUAGCAUCUCACUGCGAAAAACGGUCAACUGCUGUACUAAGGAGACAGGAACAGUAUGAGCAAUCGAUAAGCUCUAAAGUCGACGAAAUAUCCAAACAGCUUAACUCACUGAAACAUUUUGUUGAGAAUUAUCCAGAACAAAUGUCUUACUUUUUACCUGACCAACGGUCACGAGAGAACGUUAGGAAAAUUCUGGACAUAAGUGACAGAAUGCUUGAGAGAGCGGAUCAGAUGAAAAUGAUUAUCGAGAAGCAAAAAGAACUACAAGUCAAAUUUGAAAAAUUUUCGGAAGCGGUGAAAUGUGAUCAACUCAAGACUAAUUUAAGUUUAGCGACCCUUACAUCUGAUCAUCAAACUGCUUCUAGUAAAAUAUAUCAAAUUGAAAUCUGCAUAAGUGACUUAUUACAACUCAAGAAAAUGAUCGUCUCAUAUUGGAACAUGAAUAAAGAAACGACUCAAACAAUGCAGUCAAACAUAGAAGCAUUAGAUAGUAAUAGCAAACACUUGGCAAAAAAUAUCAAGGAGAAUAAAACAUUCCUUAUGGACAUUUCGUUAGAGAUACAAGAUUUGAAAAAAUACACGGAGACACUUCCAACAACCUUGACCCAGACGAGGACGUCCCACGACGAGGUCAUGAUGACAUUGCAGAAGAAGUUUACUAGGGUUGAUGUUAAAAUACAGAUAAACUGUGUAAAUUAUAUGAAAAUCAUCGGAGCCGUUUUCGAAAUCUGUGUUCAGAUAUCCGAAUUUGUAAAUGAUAUCGAGACUAUGUCAAAGGAAAUCUAUCAACCGAGUAAGUUAAGAUGUUUCGACAAUCUGGGAAUUGUUUUCUAUUUCUUGAAGACUAGUUAAAAAAACUAUUGUGCUAUUGAACAAAUUGCUUAU